AUGACAUUUGAGGCUGACCCGUGCCUGUGGAAGUUCAGCAGCGCCCCUGACUUCCACACAGUUGCUGGCACACCAUCAUCAUUCAGCUCAGGCUGUGAAAAGCUGGAAUAUUUGCUGAAUGUAACAAUAGCUCCAGAAGUGUCUGUGGAUGAGUACCAGAAAAUAAUGAGUCCUUACGUUUCUACCAGUACUGCAAAUGAUGCAGUGGGAGAACUGAAAGAAUGUUUUCUCAAGCAGUCCAAUGAGACUUUGGCCAAUGUGAAAGUGAUGCUGACUCACAUAUACAACAGUGUGUCAUGUGAUCCUUAUUAAACUUCCACAACAUCCAAGACCCAGAGGAAUAUAUGAUGUGCUCAAACACCGACUGCUGAUGCCAUAAAACCAGGCUUUUCCCUC